AAGAAGAAGAAGAAGCAAAUCUUGCAUCUUUUUGCUGACGUUUUCUCUCUCUCACUCCAGACUCUGCCCUAAUCUCUCUCGAUUCAACUUAAUUCUAGGGUUUACCCAUUCCGCCCACAAUUCAGGGUUGUGUUUUACUAGUGUACAGACUUAUUUCCGCCAAUUAAGUAACUGUUGCUGGGGUGGGUUGUUUAUGUAUCAGUAUAUGUUUGUGAGCACAAAAUGACAUGUGAUGAGGUUCUGAAGGCUGUUUUUCCUUAUCUGGAGGGUGUGGAUCUUGCAUCAUGUAUGGGAGUGUGUAAGCAGUGGAGAAACUUAGCCCGAGAUGAUUUUUUCUGGAAAUGCUUGUGUGCUAAGAGAUGGCCUUCUAUCUGCAAGCAACCUAACCCCCCGACUGUAACUUAUUACAAGUUGUAUCAAACCUUUAAUAAGCGCAAGCAGCAUCGAACUCUUCUUCCCCCAAGACUUUCCUUUGAUGACUUGGAGUUUUUCAUUGAUAUUUGGACAGAAGAUGGAUUUAUUUUUUCAGAAGUGGUUCCAGGACCUGUCCUCCAGAAUGGUAUCAAAAUCCCACCACCAGGAGCAUGUGACAUGCUCAAGUUUCACCUGGAGGGUCCAGAGUACAGGAUGAAACUCCCUGUUGAUCCUAGAUUUACUGUUCCUCUAAGCCAGACUGUUAGUGUAUCGGUCCUUGUGGGGCGCAAGGAUUCUAAUAGGGUUGCCUGUAUUAUCAAUAGAUCAAUGUUUGAUUACAUUGAUCGAACAGCACACCGAGCAAUGGCAAAUGACUACCUUGACUUCUCACCUGUCUACCCCUUUGUUUCGGGUAUCCGGGCAUGGAUCUCGCUGCUUUUCAUGGAACAUGGAAGUGAAGGUGCUAUUGAUGUUUUUGGGAUUGAAAUGGAUUUCUGUGAUGCAGCCAACUCCAAGGAAGAGGUUUUAUGGCUUUUAGAUAUGCUUGAUUGGAAGUGAAGGGUUGACUCGUAAGUCCACACGAACAUGUAAAAGGCCUGAUUCAUUUGGAUGUAACCAUGAUGAUUUGGUCUUCUAUGGUCUAUCAAAUGCUCUGAGGCGGCUGCCUAUGGAAAACACUGCAACUCUCAUUUCUGGUUCAAAUACUUGUCCUACUUUCUUUGUGUCAUUUUGUUUUGUUUUUUUAUCAUGCUCAAGUCAAGUGUACAUACUUCUCUUUCAUUGCUUCAAUAAUUAUGAACCUUUU